UUGAGGAGAAGAAAGUGCAGCGGAUCCAAAAUCUGAAGGAUGAAACAAAAAGAAUUCUGGAAAAGAUGGAGAAAAAUCUGAAGGAAAUAAAAGAGAAGUAUAGUAUAAUUCAUGGAGAAACAUGCACUAUCCUGUCAAAGAUGGAACAGAAGGAUUAUCUUGCUCUCCUAGCAGGAAUAAAGGACCAUGCCCAAAGGUUCACAAAGUUUCAGGAGGAGAAUGUUGAAUUAACAUUGGUGACUGAAGACCUAAACCUGGGGAUGUACAGCUACUUUCUACAGUAUGAAGUUUGGAAAGAAAUGAAGUGUGUUCUUUCCCAUGUGCCAUCUCCUUUGAGACUGGAUCUAAAGACUGCACAUCCUAAACUCAUCCUGUCUGAAAAUCUGACUAGUGUAAGAAUCUGUGACAGAAGAUACCAGCCGCUGAACAACAUUGAGAGGUUUGAUGCCAGCUUUUAUGUGCUGGGAUCCGAAGGCUUCUCAUCAGGAAGACACUGCUGGGAGGUAGAAGUUGGGAAGAAACCCAACUGGUACUUGGGUGUGGCUACAGAGUCUAUUGACAGAAAGGGAGCAAUCUUGAAUAAAUCUGAGACUGGCUACUGGAUAAUAAGGAAGAGAAAUGGCACUGAAUAUUUUGCUGCUGAUUUUGUUUUUUAA